CUGCUGUCUUCAUGUAUGCAGUCCAGCUAGAUUUCACAGUUGCAUACGUGUCGAUCAGAUAAUAUCUGGACCAAAGCCAGCAGAGCGAAGGCCGAACAAUAAUGACCAACUAAUGUUGUGAACACGGCUUCUCAGCGGUUCUCAUUUAUUUGUUAUUUUGUUAUGUGUAUUUGAUUGAGAGGGCUCACUCUCAUUCCUUGGCAACCCCCUAUAUCAAUUAUCAAUCCAUGUUAGGAAUUGCAAUGGAUGAAGACGUAACAGAUAAGGGAAAUGAGCAGAUAUCAAAUGAUUUGCAGUCUCCCCAGAGAUCUAUCUUGGAUUUCUUCAAAUCCCCAGACAAAAUCAAACCUGCCAAGAAGCCCACCAGUCUUCUCUCCUUCUUCGGAACAGCACAGCAGAAGGACACAGAAAAACAACAGCUUAAAUGCUUAAAUGGAGUAGAAAAACAAAAUGGAGAUCUUGCUGAUAAAAAGGUUGAAAAGGGACCUGGCAAGAAACGCAAACAAAAAGACAGAGAGACGGAGAAAAAUGAUGCAGAUGAUUUUGAGGAAGAACAAAUUGGUAAAGGAAAGAAGAGAAAAAAGUUUGAUGAUAAAUUCUCAGAAAAGAAAGAAGAAGGAAAGAACAAAGAUGAAAAAGAAAAAUCGGCUAUUCGUAAUUCUAGUUUGGUGAACGGCAGUAUUGAUAAGGUUACAAUUAAUGAGUUAGGUUCAAAGCUUGAAAGUAAAAAUAAAAUGAAGGAACGAAAAAGUAAAGACAAGGGAAAAACAGCAAAAUCUGUUUGUGAAGACAAUGAGGCUGGUGAUCAACACGAUAAACCAAAUUCUGGAAAACAAAAAGUCAAAAGUACACAUAAGUCUGAUGAAACAAAAAAGAAAUUGUCUGAACAAAAAGACAGAAAUAUAGAUAUUGCAGAUACUAAGACUUCAAAGGAAUCCAAGAAAAAAGAAGAGGAUGAAAUGAAUGAAAGUGAGGUAAAAUUGGAAUCAAAAGAAACAGUAUCUGAAAUGUGUUACGAAGAUUUUAUCAAAAGUUUAGGGAAUAGUGUGUCUAAAACUGACAAUCACGAAGACGGAGAACCUGAUGUCACAGAGAAAAUGGCAAAUGGCAAAACAGAAGAAGAAAUUACAGAAAACACAGAAAGUAAGGAAGACUUGUAUAUCAAAAGUUAUCCAACAAUUUCAAGUUUCUUUAACAAAGUCGAUAAAGCCCAUGCACCAGUUGUUCCCACUGACCCGAAAGUUCUUGGUCAGGUGACUGUCAAGGUAGAUAUACAUUCCGAACCAUCUCCGAAUAACGGAUUAUCCAACCAUGUACAAAUCAAAGCAUCACCGCUUUAUCUCAAGAAAGAUGAAGAAGAGAUUGAAAUUAUUAGCUCAGAGAUCGUAACGAUAGAUUGUACACCCUCAAGUAAGAAAUCACUGUUUGGAGUAAAAAAAUAUCCAUCUGAUGUGGAGUGUGAGAUAUUUAAAAACAGAAAUGAAAGUCUAGCGGAGACUUUGUCAUCCUGUGAGGACAGCUGUAUGUCAGAGGACAGUAGUGUGUGUGUUGUGGAAGAGGUGGAGGAUGUCAGCAUCUUGGAGAAGAAGAAAUGUUUCCUUCAGAGCGCCACUGUGCCCGAGGUACCAGCUAAAACCACUCAGAGGACACUCAGCUUCUCCAAGGCUGGACUACAAGUACAGAAACCAGUGAAACCAACACACUCCACAAGAGUAAGGAAAAAGGACUGUCCAACCUUGGAUUGUGCUCCUGUGUUCGAAAGUACACCUGAAAAGAAGUGCAAGCCUGGCAGGAAGCCUAAAAAGACGUUUGAUCUAGAUGAUGAUAAAGAGAACAAGAGAGGUAAAGAAACACCAAACAAAGCCAGAACUCCUUCCAAGAAAUCUACGAAGGACAGAGUAACGAAAACAUCAGCAACAGAGAAAGGGAAAGAAGAUGUCUGUGAUCGCAGGACUUCUCUUCGGUCCCGAUAUCGAGUUGCAAUCAUUGGUGCAGAUGAAGGGAAAAAAACUCCGAUUAGAAUGAAGUUUAACAGGUACAGUAAGAGUAGCAGCAGUGGGGUAGAAGAAGGCGACAACUUUACUCCCCGCAGUUCCAAACAGACCAAGAAAAAUACCAAGCUGUCUAAAGCAAAGGAACUGCUACAAAAGGCAAAGCAGAAAAAUACCAAGAGCACUAAGGUUCAGAAAUCAAUUAAGCGGACUAAGAAAGGUGCAAAGAAUGACGAGGAAUCAUCUGAUGAUUCCAAACCCGUUGGAAGGAGAAGGAGCUCUAGACUGUCUGACAAAGAUUCUUUGGUUAUCUUGGACAGCGAAGGUAGUGGGGAUGAAGUAGACGGUUGUAAUGUUAAAACUCCGAAGGCCAAGAGUAAGACAAAAACGAAAGGAACCAAAGCUACACCAGCAAAAGCUACACCGAACAAAGGGACACCCAGCAAGGGAAGAAAGACACCUUCAAAAAAGUCAGGUAAGCUUGCCUCUAUCUUUAUGAGUGGAAAAGAAGUCAAGGAGAGGAAACCAGCAGUAGUGUUAGAUCCAGAGGCUGAAAAAUUGAAGCGUGCGUUUCUGAUGAGUGGUGUACCAGAGGAGCUGCGACGUCAAACAGUCACGACGAAUGAUGUUAUGAUUGUUGAGGAUUACCCACCCCUUCCCACCAUCAACCACACCCAACAGAGGGAGCCACAGGCAACUAACAGACAUGGGGUCAAACUUUGGGACCUGGAGAAUGUCACCCUUUCCAAACUGGGAGCAGACAUCAGGGGUCUUCCUGAUGGGCCUGUAGAAUGGAGAUUGGGUCUCAUCAGCACCGAUUCAAACAUCUCCGACAGUAGUCGUAUCAGGGAAUUCCAAAAACAUUCAAGGAUAGAGGAUGAGGAUGUUGAGAAGAUUUUAGCUGAGGUAUCAUCCUUUUGUCCUACCUACCCAGUGAGGAAGGUGUUUUCUGUCCUCAAGAUGAAGAAGGAUGACUUUGAACAGGAAGCCAAGGAGGCAGAACAAUUGGAAAAGAAAAUGGAGAAUCUGACAGCUGAGGAAAAAUCUCACGAGAAGGAAGCACCUCGACGAAGUCUGAGGAAACGGGUGAGCCUUGAACUGCCUCAGGUCGUAGAACUCGGGGGCAGUCCCCCUCUCCAAACAACUGGGGAUGGACCAUCUGCUGAGGAUAUUGUCAAUAAACAGGAAACAGUUCCCACAGUCAGUUGGACCGACAAGUACCUUCCUCUACACUCUGCAGAGGUGGUUGGCAACACAGCAAAGGUGAGGAAGUUACAGAGCUGGCUUGUGGAAUGGAAGCAAAGGCUGGACAAGGAAGCUCGCAAAGCCAAGAAACUACAGAUAAAACAGAACAAAGGCAAACCGAGCAAGGAAUCUGGUAGCAGGGAUGACUGGUGGGGUGAUGAUAGUGACUUCGCCCUGGAUAGUGACGACAGCGACGAUGACGAGGAGGACCGUCUAUGUAACACUGCCAUGUUGUGUGGACCCAGUGGUAUUGGUAAAACAGCCUCUGUCUACGGGCUGGCACACGAGCUUGGCUUCAAGGUGUUUGAAGUAAAUGCUUCCUCAACUCGGAAUGGAAAGCGGAUCCUUGCACAACUGCAGGAGGCGACACAGUCACACCAGGUGUCUCGGGGGACUGACACACCCACAAAAUGUCCACCCUCAAAAUCAGCCAGUGCAUCACAAGCAAAUGCAAAGAUACCAUCAGCAUUCUCAGGUUUCUUCAAACAAACAACUUCCAACUCCUCCAAUAAAACUGCAUCAACUAGUACGGGAAAAGAAGGAAAAGGGAAGGGAAAAGAUGACAAAGAUCCGGGUAAGCUGAAAAAACGUAAGAGGAAUUUGGAGGUUGCCGAAAAUCUAGAUGAGAAAACACCUAAGAAGAAAAGUAGGAAAAAGGAGAAGCCUGAUAUUAGUGUUCCCAUAGACCCCAAGGCUGAUGGCAGCUUAAACCUGUCCAGUACAUCGCUCAUUCUGUUUGAGGAGGUAGAUGUUGUGUUUCCCUCAGACCAUGGCUUCUGGUCAGCUGUACAGCAAUUCAUGGCCACUACCAAGAUACCCAUCAUACUGACCACAAGUGACGCAGGUCUGGUCAAUAAGUUUGAGGGACGGUUUGACCACUACCGUUUCAAGACACCACCUUAUAGGAAUUUGGCUGUGUAUCUACAGCUGAUGUGUCUUGCAGAGAAUGUGAGAACAGAUUUCUGGGACAUGUACAAUGUUGUGUCACUGUGUUGUGGUGACAUUCGUCGAUGUAUCCUCUCCCUUCAGUACUGGGUGAUAUCAGGUGGAGGUGUACAGGGCAUUCGGCGCAGCAUACACAGAACUUUGAAAGUACAACCACAGUUACAAACAGAUAAAUUGCCAGAAUACAGUGUCGUAAAACCCACAGACACGAAGAAUGACCAUAGGGCAUCACCACAAAAACAAUUGUCAAGUAUCAUCGAUGAUGAUGACGAUGACUUUGUAUGUCUGAAGCCUGUCUGUCAGAAACGAAGCAAUAGGUUUGUCACUGAUGACGAGGAGUCCAAUAGCAUGCCUCUCGUGCCUCUACGCUUCAAUCAGGAUCUGGUUAACAGUGGGAAUAAAGACACAGACAUCGAGAAAGAACGGCUUCCUCUAGUGCAUCUGGGGCACACUACGUCGCUACAGGGUCUGGUUUUACAGGGCCACAACAGCGUCAUAUCUCUCCUGAAACAAAUGUUAGAGAUUGGUGAUGAUAGUUUGGUGCCGUUGGUGAGUCGGGUAUGUCGUCAGUACCGCUCACUCAAGUGUGACCUGCUGUACCGCCACCAUCUCUCCCUCCUCCCGUUAACCACUGUGGAGUCGCUACCACUGAAGCCCACACUUUCUACGGUCGACGAUGUCCAAAAGAAAUCUCGUCGCAGGAUAAAGACUUUUGAUCUCUACGAUAGCGAAACUUCUAAUGAUGGACAUGAGGAGCAGCCAAUGGAAUGUGAUGAACCACAAAAUGAAACUCUGACCAAAACACUAGACCCUACAGAAUCGGCAUUAGUGGGGAAAUCUCUCAAUUCGUUUUAUAGUUUUUAUGACAAUUUAUCAUUAGUAGACUCUAUGGAAGUGUUAGAGAAUAGGUUAGCAUUACAGGACACGUCUGGGUCAAAAGUUGAGUCGGACUUUCACUCGGAUAUACAGCUGUACAGUUGUAGGAGGUUAUACAGGACACAUUUAGCAAUGAAAAAUGACAUUCUGUCGUCGGAACACAUCUGUGUGCCCAUCACACAGGACACACCCAGGAUAGAGGAGCUCCAGGGCAAGGACCCUCUCAGUACUAGUCUUGACACCCCCACCUGUAGGGCAAGCAGCAAUGUGCGGACUAGUCUACCCCUUGGACUCCCAGUGAACGGACUUCACCAAGAAUAUCUACCCACGCUCAGAGCCAUAUGUAAAUCUGAACAGUUACGGGAACAGGCCAAAAUCAAACGCCGGUUCCAGCAUUAUUUGGACGGUAUUGGACUAACACUGAAGGACAAUACACUGUCUGUUCUGUGUACAACAUUCAGGUGACAACAAGCAGACUGAAAAAUGGCAACAAAUCUCAAUUCUACAACUUGUAAGGACUGACAGGAUUCAUGGGAUCACAUCACUGUCAAUGGUCUGUACGACUGUCAGAUGUGGACUGAUGUACUGAUUCACAGGAUCACAUCACUGUCAAUGGUCUGUACGACUGUCAGAUGUGGACUGAUGUACUGAUUCACAGGAUCACAUCACUGUCAAUGGUCUGUACGACUGUCAGAUGUGGACUGAUGUACUGAUUCACAGGAUCACAUCACUGUCAAUGGUCUGUACGACUGUCAGAUGUGGACUGAUGUACUGAUUCACAGGAUCACAUCACUGUCAAUGGUCUGUACGACUGUCAGAUGUGGACUGAUGUACUGAUUCACAGGAUCACAUCACUGUCAAUGGUCUGUACGACUGUCAGAUGUGGACUGAUGUACUGAUUCACAGGAUCACAUCACUGUCAAUGGUCUGUACGACUGUCAGAUGUGGACUGAUGUACUGAUUCACAGGAUCACAUCACUGUCAAUGGUCUGUACGACUGUCAGAUGUGGACUGAUGUACUGAUUCACAGGAUCACAUCACUGUCAAUGGUCUGUACGACUGUCAGAUGUGGACUGAUGUACUGAUUCACAGGAUCACAUCACUGUCAAUGGUCUGUACGACUGUCAGAUGUGGACUGAUGUACUGAUUCACAGGAUCACAUCACUGUCAAUGGUCUGUACGACCGUCAGAUGUGGACUGAUGUACUGAUUCACAGGAUCACAUCACUGUCAAUGGUCUGUACGACCGUCAGAUGUGGACUGAUGUACUGAUUCACAGGAUCACAUCACUGUCAAUGGUCUGUACGACCGUCAGAUGUGGACUGAUGUACUGAUUCACAGGAUCACAUCACUGUCAAUGGUCUGUACGACCGUCAGAUGUGGACUGAUGUACUGAUUCACAGGAUCACAUCACUGUCAAUGGUCCGUACGACCGUCAGAUGUGGACUGAUGUACUGAUUCACAGGAUCAAAUCACUGUCAAUUCUCUGUAACACAGUCAAAUGUGGAACGACACUGAUCCACAGGAUCAAAUCACUGUCAAUUCUCUGUACCUCAGUCAAAUGUGGAACAACAGACUGAUUCACAGGAUCAAAUCACUGUCAAUUCUGUGUACCUCAGUCAAAUGUGGAACGACAGACUGAUUCACAGGAUCAAAUCACUGUCAAUUCUCUGUACAAAGUUCAGGUGAUGGCUAGUAAACUGAAUUACAAGAUCAAGACUCCUUUCUCUACUAAGUUUAGGUGGCACACUGACUCAAAGGAUCAACACAAUGUCAGCUCGCUGUACGUCACUCAGAUGAGUGGCAGAUUUGAUCAUAGGAUCAACACUAUCAAUUAUAUUGUAUGGUGUUUAGGUGACAUCUGAAAAACUGGAUCACAGGAUCAACAUUUCAGUUCUCUGUACCUCGUUCAGGUGACAGACAAAAUUACAGGAUCAAUACUACUGGAGACUGAUGCACAAGAUCAGCAUAUCAUUUCUCUCUACGGCAUUCAGCUGAUGAGUAGGAGACUGAUUCACGAGAUAAUCACAUCCAGUGACUUAUGCCUUGUAUCACAGGAAAAACUAAUUUUAGUGUUUUUUUGGUAUUGAGAAAAGUUUCAAUCAUAUUUAUAGUUACCAUUAUAUUUAAUUGUAGUGAUAAAUCUACCUCCAUAUCACACACAUUUAUAAAUAUUAAUUGAAGAUUAAAAUCAAAUUAUUUUAUUUCAUAUUAAAGCAUUUUUUUCUCCAAAUCAGAUAGAAGAAAGGGAAGUUUUUACUCAGUAAGAAGAGUUAAUUGCAUGAAGGCCUGAGAACUGCAUGUGGCCAUAUGAAUAGACUUAACUAGUUUUAAUCUGAUCCAUGAUUGACCAGUCUCAUUCCUACUAGCUCUGAAUGAAGUAUGAAUUCUUUGUUCACUUUCAUUUUGAUCAGAAAGAUGAAAUUUCACUGUCUAAAUAGUGGAUCUUGAUACAUAUUGUUGACACCAAAUUAUCUAAAUCGUGACUUUGGGCAUUACCUGGUAUCUUAAUAUUUUUAUCAAUCAUAGAAAUAAUAUUUAUUUGUUGGAUUUGAUCCAUUGCUAGGUGGAAUGAAUUUGAUAGUUGGUCAACAGGUUUAUUUUAUGAUAUUGAAGAAGACUUAAGUGAUACCUUUUGUAUUUGAAUGCAUGCAUUAUUCGUUGAUACUGGUACACAUUUUUAAAAAUCGAAUGAAAAAUGUAAUCGUGUGUGAAUUGUCAAGCAAAGAAAUUGACAAGUCAAGUUACUUUCAAUUUAAGUUCAUGUUUUUUAUAUUUAUUUAAGAAUAGUAUUUAAUUUAUGUUUGUAAUAUCAAGUAAAAAGAAGAUUUUGAGACUAUCUUACAGAAAUGUAAUAAAAUUGUACCAACUUUAAUCCAGUGUAUAAG